UGUUUUCCUCCACCUCACCUCUUCCCUUUCACAUUCUCUGCAAAUCAUCUCCUCCUCUCUCUCUACAUUCAUCAAUCCUGCUCUCUCAACCUUCAUUCACGUUAACCCCCAACACAAACUUCAUCCCCACCCACCUCUGCCAACACACACAACCACACGCACUCUCUUUUCAUGCACUCAAUUUGAUUUCAUAUCCUCGGAAUUUACCAAACGAUGUGACGUCGCCGUCGAUCUCCAAACAGAUUGGUUUCCGAUUCGCAUCCUCUGAUAGCAAUUCAAUAGUUUUUCCUUGAAUUCGGCGGUUGUUGCUUGCUGCUAUGGCUUCUACUGUUCCUGCCAAAUCUCAGCCGCUGCACAAUUUCACGCUGCCGCAUCUGAGAUGGAAUAAGGACCGAAACUCCACCGGCCAACACCAGCGCCGCCGCUCCAUCAAAUCGCCGUCGCGGCGCCCGAAUAUCUCCUCCGCAUCUCCCAUCCGCCAGUCGCCGUUGCGAGAUUCCGUAUCGGCGACUCCGCCUCGGCAUCAGUCCCCUUUAUGCGACUCCACCGCGGCGGCGGCUGUGGUGGUGUCGCCUCGUCAGUCUCCGGUCCACGGGGAUUACUUGGGGAAACGAUCUCCGCUUCGGGAGUGGGGGAAGCACUCGCCAAGCGGCGGUGAUCCGGCGUGGCAUGAAUCGCCUCCUCAAUCCGGAAAAGGCGGCUCUGUUGAGCAUCGGAGACAUCACUCAAUUCAUCCGGCGUUGGAUGGUGCGAGGAACGGUCUCCAUUCAGCAAAUGCAAAUUCAGGGCGAACAAGUCUGAAAUCGGAGCCUAAAUCGAAGGCGAAAGAAGUCGAUGCGGCUGGAAUCAAGAGAUCAAAAAUCCUAAUCAAAAUUCCCUGCAAGAGCAGCAAAACCGAGGACGAAAAUCCACAAGAAGAGGCGGAGAAAAACGAGGAAGACGUUUGCAGCGGUGAAGUGCAACAAGAGGAGAAGGUUGAUGAAGAAACGAAGACAUGGAAUUUAAGGCCUCGGAAGCCUCUGCACAAGUCGCUGAACGUGAGCGGAGGAGGUCCGGCGAUGCAGGAAAGGAGUAAAGCGCCGUCGCCGUUGAGGAAUCUGAACAAUAGAUCGGGGGAUAACGACGGCGGUGGGAAGAAGGAGAAGAGGAAGCUGAGCAUAUCUAUCCCUCUAUCGAAAGACGAGAUCGAGGAGGAUAUAUUUGCGCUGACCGGAUCAAAGCCGGCAAGGAGGCCUAAGAAGAGAGCGAGGAACAUUCAAAAGCAAGUUGAUAUUUGUUUCCCUGGACUAUGGCUGGUAUCAAUAACUGCGGAUUCAUACAAGGUUUCUGAGACUUCUCUGAAGGUACAGCCCUGAUCAUCCAGCCAUGGUUGCUCUGAAUUUUAAAUUUCUGAUCUGGAUGGCGGUGGUCUUCUACACAGGGCUAGAUGCAGUUUCCUAAGCUGCUUCGCUUCCAACCUUUUUUUUUUCUUUUUUUCUUUUUUUUCUUCCUGGGGGAUGGCUUUGAAGGUAUACGGUAACUUGUAUUCUGAGAGGAAGAACUAGCAUUGAUUUAGGGUUUCUUUGUUCUUUUCUUGUUUCCUUUGUUCUUCCCCUCUUCAAGUUGCUGAUCUGGAUAUGGAUGAUAGUUCUUCUAUUUAGCAUUAUGUAAAUAUGGAUUUUUAGAUCUUUUAGAUUUUCUUUUUCAGUUUCAUGACUCAAUUGGUUUUGAUUCAUUUUUUCUUUUAAAUGAAUAAUGACUGAUUUGGGUCUUUCUUUUUUUGUACAUUAAACAGUUGAAAUUCAUGUCUUUUGUUAUGUUGCAGUUCAUGACUCA